GUCAUUUUGUGCUCGGAGCGCGUGACUGUGCGUCAUGUGACAGGCUCUGUUGUUGUCAGCUAGCAGCAGCUGCACAGACUGAGAGACAACAGGACAAGAAAAGUGUAGAAAACCUCAAUCUGAGACACUGAGAACUAUGGGUUUUUGAUUAUCUGAAGAAAUGAAGGAUUGAGUUUGUUUUAUAUCACUAUUUUAAUAUGCUGCUUUUCAUAUAACGGUUUUUUUACGUUGCAACCAAUGAAUGUUGUGAAGUAGCAUUGAGCUCCAGUCAUUUGUUGUUAACUUGUCUCUCUGCUGAAGAUGAAUGCUCUGGUUGCUCUGUGUCACUUCUGUGAGCUCCAUGGCCCUCGGACGUUAUUUUGCACCGAGGCACUGCACCCUCCAUCCCCAUCCCCUUCAUCCCAGACAGGUGCCCCAGUGCCUGGGGACAGGGACCGAGAUGGUGACCGUGAAGGUGAAGGCCUGACCAUGAGAGCCAACAGCUCGGCCACACAGAGGGGAGAAAUGUGUGAGGGAUGUCGAUCUCUUCCUGCAUCUCACCCAGGCUUUGUGAGCGUCGAUGACGAAACAGGCAUACGCUUCCUGAGCCACCAGCAUCCCAGACAGCCUCAGCUAUUCAGCGUGGUCCGCCAGGCCUGCGUACGCAGCCUCAGCUGUGAGGUAAACAGUGACGUGUGUCCUGGCCGUGAAGGGCCAAUUUUCUUUGGAGAUGAGCAACAUGGUUUUGUGUUCUCACACACCUUUUUUAUCAAAGACAGCCUGGCCAGGGGCUUCCAGCGCUGGUACAGUAUCGUCAUGGUAGCAAUGGACAGGAUCUACCUUAUCAACUCCUGGCCUUUCCUGUUACGCCACCUCAGACUCACUAUACAGAGCCUGCAAAGCACAGCCCUCAAGGUGUUUGACAAUGAACAAGGAGUUUGUCCCCAGCGAGCGGCGAGGAUGAACAGUGUCUUCUCACCUGCAGUUUUCCCACACCAAAGGAGUGGCAACGCAGCCCGAUCACUUACUUCUCUUACCCAGCAUCCCAAUCUCUGGGCCAGCCUGCACUCCUCCUUUAGCUGGCUGCUGAAGGCGUGUGGUUGUCGGCUGACAGAGAAGCUGCUGGAGGGAGCCCCCACUGAGGACACACUGGUGCUCAUAGAGAGACAGACAGAGCAAGAGGAGGAAAUGAGCUGCUGGGAGGGAGCAGAAGGAAGCGUUUCUACGUCACAGCGGCACCAGUUGGAGAGUGAGCUUGCCCUCGACUUCCUGUGUGACGUUACCAAAUUAGAUGAAUUACCUGGCCCAAAGUUUAGGUCCCUGAGGCAUCUGAGACAGGUUCUCGGGGCUGCUGAGUUUCGUCAGCUAGUGUGGCACGUGCUCAUGGGAAAUCAGGUCAUAUGGAGAGGCGCAGACCCCGGGCUCAUCCAGUCAGUUUUUACUGUGCUCAAGUCUUUGCUCCCAGUGGGCUGUGUGCGUUCGGUGCCAUACAGUGCUCAGUAUGAGGAGGCCUACAAAUGCAACUUCCUGGGUCUCAGCCCAGAUGUGCCUGUUCCAACGCACGUCAGCUCCUCAGAGUUUUCAGUGCUGGUGGAUGUCGGUUCAGAGAGAAGCUGUCAGAUGUCGGCAGUGGGCGAAGACGAUAUCGCCUCACUUUAUCAGUUCAACAUCAGCAGUGCCAACACACAGCCCACAGACAGGGGUCCCACGUUAUUGAACAAGCUUGAGGUGGCUCUGUCUAAUGAGAACUUGUCUGUGGACGUCGUAUCUCACUGCCUGUUGUGUCUGAAGGAAGAGUGGAUGAAUAAAGUAAAAGUGUUGUUCAAGUUCUCCAAAGUGGACGGGCGAGGGCGGGAGGACACCCAAAAGGUUCUGGCCCUCCUUGGUGCCACGGGGCCCGGCGAGGAGGACAACGUCAGACUGCUCAAGUUCUGGAUGACUGGACUCAGCAAAACCUACAAGAGUCAUUUAAUGACAGCCGUCCGAGGAGGGGAGAGGAGCCCCAGCCAGUGACAAAGAGGAGGAGGAGGAGGAGGAGGUAGAGGGGGUGAAAUAAAGGGAGCUGAAAAGAGGGGGAAAAUACUAAUGAAGGGUAAGUGAAAGCAAGAAUCAUGAAUCAUCAUCAGUUUUGAGAACUGUUUGGGACUUUCAGUGGAAUGAAAGAGGAAUGUGAAUGGAUGACAAAAUGCUUGGCUCAUCCAUUAUUGUUUUUUUUAAGUAAUGAGAAAUGUACUGUUCCUAACCCUGAUUAUUAUCCUGCACAGAUUAACACAUUCGGUCAGUUCAGAUAAUGUAUGAGGGCUUUUGUUUAUCAAAGGGAAUUGUUAUAUAAUAAGACCUAAGUUUAACUUAUUACAAACAGACUUUGCACUUUGUUUACUCUUUUUCUGAUGUUUUAAAAUGAAAUAAAUUAAUAUGAACGUCA